AUGGAUAGAUCAAUAAGGAAUGUGCCAGGUACAGAAAGGUUUCUAAGAUGCAGAGACCUUCCAAGUUUCUGUCGAGCAAGGAACCUAACAGAUCCAGAUCUCCAAGUUUUUGUUCAACAAACCCUCCAUAGCCCAAGAGCCCAAGCAAUCAUCCUCAACACGUUUGAAGACCUAGAAGGACCAAUAAUCUCACACAUACGAACCUUGUGUCCCAAUAUCUACUCCAUUGGACCUCUGCACAUGCACCUUAAACUAAGACUUGCCAAUAACGAAGCCUCAUCUCAAUCUUCCAACAAUCUCUUUGAAGUAGACAGAAGCUGCAUUGCAUGGCUCGAUGCUCAGCCUCCAAAAUCUAUAAUUUACAUCAGUUUUGGUAGCAUUACGGUCAUGACAAGAAAUCAGCUUAUUGAGUUUUGGUAUGGUUUGGUGAAUAGCAACACAAGGUUUUUAUGGGUUGCUAGGCUUGACUUGGUUGCCGGAGAUGGCGAAGAAGCUCAAAUCCCGCUCGAACUCUUGGAAGAGUCAAGGGAAAGAGGGUUCAUAGUAGGUUGGGCACCCCAAGAAGAGGUCCUUGCCCACCCAGCUGUGGGUGGGUUUUUGACGCACAGCGGGUGGAAUUCAACUCUAGAGAGUAUAGUUGCUGGGGUGCCUAUGAUAUGCUGGCCUUACUUUGCUGAUCAGCAGGUGAAUAGUAGAUUCGUGAGUGAGGUAUGGAAGAUUGGCAUCGACAUAAAAGAUGUUUGUGAUCGAAAAAUUGUGGAGAAAAUGUUGAAUGAUUUGAUGGUGGAAAGAAAGGAGGAGUUUGCCAAAGCAGCAGAUGAGAUAAGUAGAUUGGCAAGACAAAGUGUGAAUGAAGGUGGAUCAUCCUACUAUAAUUUGGACCGCCUGAUUGAGGAUAUAAGAUUGACAAGCAGUGGUAGACUAGUAGUUAUUAAUGAUUGA